GGAUACAGCCCCAAGAUGAGAAAAGAAAAAGUUACUUAAUCAAUUACCUACCUAAUCAACCCUCCCGCGAAGAGCUCCCUGUCGCUUUACGUUUUCUUUCUCGGGAGUGCCUCCACGCACGGCCCAAUUAUUUCCGAGUUACACUCUCUCGCGUCUUACUUUCAGACCUCUAUCACACCAAGCAUGCUGCGUGCAGACCCUUCCACCGGCAGCUGCUUUUCGGAGUUCAAACCUGGGCCGGGGAUUGUAAAACCUCCAAGAAGAGAACGACCCCAUCAGCUGGCGUGCGACCGGUGCAAGGGCCAGAAGCUGCGGUGCAUACGAUCCCCAAACCUUAGGGCUCCUUGCGAGAGGUGUCAGAAAGCGGGUGCAACAUGCAUCAUCGAUUUAUCGGUGCGCAUGGGCAGGCCCAAGAGAGCAGACAAGGACCAGCGGGGAAGCACAGCUAGCUCCAACCCACCCCAACCAACACGCUCACCAACUUUGCCCAGUACAUCUCACACGGCCGCUGGGGGCUUCACCCCGAACGGCGACACUUGGUCGGGGCAUGACCUCGACGACACGCCUGAUCCAACGCUGCAAGGCGUGCAGUACCUGGAGUUCUUUGACAUUGCUCUCCAGGAUGCCACCCCCGAGGAUGAGUCGUUGGAUAGGCCAGCAGAGCACUAUCUCGACCCAACCUUGGAUCUGUCCUUGGCCCAAUCCAUCCCAACUCUCAUCACUCUCACCGACGAAGGCACGGCAGUCGAUACGGCAACAGUCAAUGCUUACAGCCGCUUCCCGCCGAUGCGCCAGGACUCAACUCAGGAGUUGUCGAACCUGAAUCUGGAACUGUACCGACAGUUGGGCGUCGUGGGGUCGAUGGCAAGCAAGGAUGCGAACAUCCACCCGGGCUUGGCUACACCACCGGGCGGGACCCAUACCUCUCUCUCCGACGCCGUGGUCUUCAUGAUGCACGGCCUGCAGACAUACCACCGGCUCCUGGUCGAGAUUCUCGGGUUUACGGGGCCGACCCACGACGCCAUGCACUGCUCGCACGACCACCCCAAGCCGAGCACUACCAGCCUGCUGAGCCCGGCCGAUGGGAUGGACAGCGAGGAUCCGAGGGGCCCCGUGUCCGAGGCGGCAACAAGUCGGCAGCCGCGACUAGCAAGCCAGUCCGACGGCAGUUCCGAGUUAACCGUGGCUCAUGACCCGUCUCACGGUGCCAGUGCCCUUCUUGACAUGCCCACGAGUCUUCUGUUGCUUUCCUGCCACGCCAAUCUCAUCUACUUUUGUCGAGACGCCUUCGCCGCCAUCCGGGCCGCGUUGCUCGCCACACGUCGCCCCAUCACCCUCUUCUCAAUCUCGUUCCUUCACACGGAUGAGGUGUCGAUACCACAGGACCCAGAUUUGCAGAUCAUCGUUCUCACCCAGGCUGUGAUUCGGCUGAUAGAGAGGAUUGGACGCUUGCUCGGCUACCCGGAUGACUGGGAGGACGAUUCUGGCCACGAGAGAUGCGAGCCCAACUUGAGGUCUCACAACAAUGCGAUCCCCCCCGAGCUCCUCGAUCUCGUGCUGAGACGGGCGGCAAGCGGGGAAGGGCCGCUAGAUAGGGUAGGGAUUAGAGAACUGAGGGAAGAGAUUCGCAGGCUUUAUGAGCUUGUUUACAGGCCAGUCUAAGGGGAUCGACGUGCGAUAUUGUCAAGCGAACCUGGCCAGCAGGCAGCUUCUCCAAUUGGCAGUAGAAUCAAACGAUAUACUGUACAAUUUUAUCAUCUCAUCCCCUUAGCAGCCACAGGUCUAAAGUUGCUCCAAAACGUGCCGGUCAGGCAUGGCUCAUGGCACAUGGCUCAUGGCACAUGGCCCAAGGCGACGGGACAUCUCAAGACACGCUCCAAUCACUGCACGAGAAGUAUUGCACUGAUACUGUACAAGCUAAGGUAGGUACAUACCACGUAUUAAACUUUGGCUGCCAAGGGAAUAAUCGGAGAGUCGAGACGCGGGGGGUAGAAAUACGGGUCUGAACUAUGAGUAGAUUUUACCACAGACAAGACCAAUA